GGAUAUAGUUUUAAGUCGCGUCAGGCAAAGUCAGUAUUACAAUAAAUGUCAAUCGUAUUGCGGUAUUGUUAUCAAAAACAUAAUUACGAUGACUUCAUGGGAUUUGUGGAUUGCUACUCAAAUUUUGAUGAAGAUACAAUGGAACCCAAACUCACAGGUCAAAUUAUUGCUCAAACAGUCAAGCAUUUCAUUAAAACCAAAACUAUGUGUGGGCAUUGGUACUGAUACGUGUAUCCUAAUAUUAGGUGAACAAAAGGGCG